AGUACAGAACCCUAGAUACCCUCUUUUAUGUUUGCAGCCAUCGUUCACAAGUCUCUCCCUACAACCACUCUAUUCCAAGAAAACCCCAUAGCCCCUCUCCUCCAACCACAGGCGACCCCCAGCAGCAGCGGCUACCUGUGACGAGCAACUCAUCUAGCAACGCGACCAGGCUUGACCAGGCGCGAGCAGCCAGCGAGAGAGCAGCUUAUCGCGCGACCAGACCAGCGAGGGAGCAGCUCAUCACGAGACUAGGCGCAACCAGGUGAUCCGUGCGAUCAGGCGCGACCAAGCUCCUCCAGGCGCUCAACUUCCGACCAGCGACUAGGCGUUCCGAUUGGCAACACGCGCGACCAACUCCUUCCACCUGCUACCAACAAAGAGACUUGAAUUCAGGAGAAGGAGAAAAGAAAUGGUUUCUGCAAACAGGGAGAUGGCAGUCUAUUGCUUUGACACCCUCGUCGCUCACUACAAUAGCGAGGAAGCUCCUCCUCCUGCAUUUGAUGAGGGCCAACACCCCCUAUUUGUCACUUGGAAGAAAGUGGUCAAUGGUGGUGAGCCUCGUUUACGUGGAUGCAUUGGAACACUAGAAGCUCGACACUUGAUUAAUGGGUUUAGGGACUAUGCUUUAACGAGUGCUUUGAAGGAUCGCAGAUUUCCUCCAAUACAACCUAAAGAAUUGUCGUCUCUAGAAUGUACAGUUUCCAUUCUGACUGAUUAUGAAACUGCUAACAAUUAUCUUGAUUGGGAGGCUAUGCUACAAAGGUGUGGGGAAAAUGGAGCAACACACAACUUCAAGCAAAUCUGUCAGAGGCAAUCGAGGAGGCACCCAAGGAGUCAACAAGCUCCUCCACCCAAGAUUGGAAAGCAUGGUUUAAUUAUUGAGUUCAUUGAUCCUAACAGCAAUAUGAGGCGAAGCGCCACAUAUUUACCUGAGGUGGCUGCCCAUGAAGGUUGGACAAAAGUGGAAGCAAUCGACUCGCUAAUGCAUAAAGCGGGUUACACUGGCCAUAUCACCGAGUCACUUCGGAAGUCUAUACAGUUGACACGUUAUCAGAGCACGUUAUUUACUAUGACCUAUAGUGACUAUGUCUCAUAUGUGAAGGCAACCAGGGGUGCAGCUCCGUCUAUUAAUGGGGUUAAGCCCAGCAAUCAUUGAUAUUUAAACAAGCUUUUGCUUAAUUAGCAAGCUUUGUUUGCCAUUAUCAAAGAAUUAUUUCAAAAAGACACCGGGGUUGGAAUAGAUUUGUUCGUGUUCCAACGCAAACUGCUUCAAUGUCUGGUAUGAACAUUCUAUGUCAUUCUUCAAAUUCAUUUGAUUUUGAAGAAGCAAAAAAAGGAACCCACCGAAUGGUGGAACCCAUAUUUAUGUGUAUUAUGUAAUAUUCGUAUUGGAAGGCUCACUGAAAAUUUGAAAUUUACCAAUGUGUUUGUUUAUGGUGACUUUCUAUUGCUUUUUAUUGCCA